CCAGCUCGUCCAUCCAUUGACUCCGACCAGUGCAGUGCACUUCCUCUCUCUUUCCUCACUCAGGUUGUUCCUUCGUUUACAGAGCUGCGCUCUAUCUCUCUCGUUCCAAUCGCACAUUUGUUGCCGUCGAUCUUUUCAUCAUGAAGUCCUUCGUUACUCUUUCUCUCCUUGCCACUGCGCUGGCUGCGCCCACCCCGACUCUGCACGGGCGUCAAUUCGACCUCUCUUCUUUGCUGUCCGGGUCCAGCUCUGGCUCCAGCACUUCCUCUGGAUCUAGUGGUCUGAGUGCCCUGGCCUCGCUGUUCCCAACCAGUGGCUCGGCGACCGGCAGCACCACCGGCUCUUCCGACACCAGUGGCAGCGCUAGUGGGAGCACCACUGGCACCACCACUACCAGCACCGACAGCAGCAGUGGCCUGAGUGCGCUGAGCUCUCUGUUCCCCAGUAGCAGCGCGACCACCAGCUCCUCCGGCAGCAGCGAUGGACUCAGCGGUAUGAUCAGCAGCGUCAUGGGUGGCUCUAGCACUCAGAACGGAGUCACCUCCAACACCGGCUGCAAGGAGCUGACCUUCAUUUUCGCGCGUGGAACCACGGAGAUGGGCAACAUGGGCAGCGUGGUCGGCCCCGAGGUCGCCUCGGCCCUGCAGUCGCUGACUGGCAACAAGGUGACGGUGCAGGGUGUGGACUACCCCGCCGACUGGGCCGGCAACAUGAACAUGGGUGCCUCUGGCGGCCCCAAGAUGGCCAGCCUGGUCAAGCAGGCGCUGAGCCAGUGCCCCAACACCAAGGUCGUGCUGGGCGGCUACUCGCAGGGCUCAAUGGUGGUGCACAACGCCGCCAGCUCGUUGAGCGCGGGCCAGAUCCAGGCCGCCGUCCUGUUCGGUGACCCGCUCAAGAUGACCUCGGUCGGCAAGCUCGACUCCAGCAAGGUCAAGGAGUUCUGCGCCGUCGGCGACCCCGUCUGUGAGAACGGCGUCAAUGUCAUGGCUCACUUGUCUUAUGGAAGCGAUGCCCAGACGGCCGCGCAGUUCCUGGUCAGUGCCGUCGGGCUUUCUUAGGUUGGGGUGGAAGUUGAGGUAGAUGCAUGAGGAUGCGUUAUGGUCAUGGAUUGGUUUUAUGGAUCUGGAAAUGGUUAUUCUUUGAGCUUGGAUAUGGGUUUCUAUGAUGUAGUGGGGAUGGGAUAGCCUGGUGCUGUCUCAUGGUCGCUGCUGCUGGGGUUAUACUUUCUUGCACACACUCCUUUUAUACAUGAAUGUGAACACACUUUUCGGGGUGCUUACUCU